AUGUCCGCGCUCACCGCCAUCAUCCAAUUGCUAUACACGAUUCCCUCGUUCCUACUCUACUUUCUCACCGUCGCCAUUGUCAUAAUCGCGUGGCACAACCUCAAAUCGUCGUUCUUCCAAUUCUACCUCUUCGAGUUUGUGAUGAACAUGCUCACCUUCGUGAACGUCGUUCAUUCGAUCCGAUUGCCGAGUAGUGCGUGCGCCGACUGUUUCCUCUUCGAAUACUUUCAAGCGGACGGCCGAAGCACUUCUUCGUUCCUCAAUCAGUUGCAGUACGCCAUGCAGUUCCAUAUGGCGUGUGUUCAGUACACGACCACUGCGGUCGUCGCCAUCAACCGUCUGACAAUCACCUGGAACACGGAACUAUGGGAGAGGGUUUGUGGAAGCGUUUCAUUCUGUUGAAAGUGUGAAACCGUUUUACAGAGGUGGCGCCGAGGAAGUUGGAUCGUGAUGAUCAUCAUUUUCACGGCUCCAUUUGCUCUCACCUACCCGGUGUUCCAACACGAAGCCUUCUUCCGAUAUGACGUCACCGUUGACCGAUUCUCCAUCUCCUCUGAAUACGUACGUCCUGUCUCAAUAUUAAUUGUCUGAAAAAUUGUCUAAACUUUCAGAAAAGCUCCACAAUGUUCGCGUGGCUAGUUCCUAUAAUGGCGAUAAGUGCCGGGAUCACUAUGCUCAUUAACAUUUUCAACUACUUCAAAUUUCGCAAGCUUGAAAACAAGCCACAGGGUUUGGGUGAGUCCCAUUCUGGUGCAGUAGAGCGCACUUGCUCACUUGUUCACUGUUUUUAGAGACCAGUCUGCUGACGAUCACCUUCUUCGCAAGUCUUCCGCAGAUUCUCGGCGCCGCACUUUCAGUCCUGAUGACCCAGGCCACCCGGGAUUCGAUGCUCUUCCGCGGGACCAACAUCGCCCUGCCGUACGUUAGCGACUUGCUCACUCUCAUCCAUCCCUACCUUCUUCUCGUCUUCUGCAAAAAGGUAUGAACUUGAAGUGUGCAUCUCGAGAAGUGACCUUUCCGACGUUCCAAAAUCAUUCAUUACGUACAUCAGAGCUAAACGUAGAACGGUGCGAAUUCGAUUCUAUUUUCAUUAUCCUCAGAAAAACUAUAUAUUUUUAACGAGAUGUACUUGUCACGUAGCAUACUCCCGAGAGCAUGAAUGAUCCACUCAGUACAUCAGAACUUAUCAUCAGAGCUACGAAAAUACCCGAGCCUUGGCGUAAUAGUACUUUCCUUUCCAGAUUCGGAAGUGGAUCUCAAGGGCGAUCAUCCUGCUCAACUGCUUCAUUCCGCUUCCCGAAAACCGCGUCUGCUCGAUCACGUAAUCGGCGGCCUCCAGUCUACUCACGCCAGCCAAAUAAGUCAUAAGACCCCUUCACAAUUAGCGCCCCUCACCCGCUUACUCAGCCAAUCUCCGGGGACCCGUCCCCGUACGCUGUGCUCACACUGAUAAACACCUUUUUGAUUCUGGUGAGCUCUCAAGAGCUCAUUCUCGUCCGCUUCUCCGCCACAAUGUGGUUGUUCUUGUUCAUGAUGGCCUACUCGAUUCCCUCUCUCAUACUGUACUUUCUAACCGCGUACGUCGUCAUCAAGUUCUGGAAAACACUAAAAUCCUCGUUCUUUCUAUGGUACAUCUUCGACUUUGUCAUGAACAUUCUGACCACUUGCCUGACGCUCGUCACGCUCAAAGUGUCGUCGGUGACGUGUCACGACUGUCUGCUCGCGCCGUUCUACCGUCUGCUCGAGGGCACGCUCGUCUCCAACUUCCUCUACGCAAUGAUGUACCACAUGUCGUACGUGCAAAACUGCACGACGGCCAUCGUCUCGCUCAACCGGCUCACCAUCAUCCUCAAUCACUACACGUUCGAGCCGCUCUGGACCAAGUACUCGUUCCUUCUGAUGAUCGCUGUCAGUGUACUUCCGUUCUUUCCGACAAGCAUCGUCUUUGAGAGCAAUUGCACGUGGUACAACCGGAGCGAUGACUCGCUUGUGCUCAAAUGUGACUUGGUGAGUGCGGUGUUGAUUAGACUAAUAGUGAAAGUGCUCGACGAUUGACUGGCCUGGCUGGCCGACAGAAUUUCCGAGUGAAAAUCUGAUUACAACCAUUUGCAGCCUUACGGGACGCUCUUCACUCCGCUCCUCUACUUCCAAGGUCUCUGCAUCGCCAUCUCCAUCAUUUCCAACAUCACCAGCGCCUUCAUGGUGCGUAAAGCGUCGACGGAAAUGAGAGUGAAGGCCGAGAAGAACUUUGUGAUCCUCAUCUCCGUGACCACAUUCGUCCAGCUCUCCUCGUCGUCGAUCUCGACGAUUCUGUCCGCCUACUCGCAGACUCCCUCCUACGCAUUCUUCCACACCUACAUACUGCCGAUCAUCAGCGACCUCUUCACAAUUAUGCACCCGUGGCUGCUCUACAUUCUCAGCAAGCCGGUGAGAUAUUUCAAUUGCUGUUUUUUUGUUGUUGAAAACCAAAGGGCGAAUGCAGAUCAAACGACACAUUCUUCGGGACGUUCUGCACGUUGAUUCUUCGAGUGUUGACCACUCGGCCACCGCACAACCACUACAUCAGCCACACGGAGCAGGAGCCCGCCCAGCAAAGAACGCCUCGACAACGAAUAACAGAUUUUGA